AUGGGAAUUAGGAAUUAUUUGUUGCAGUGGCUUGGCAGCAGGCACAAGCACAACCCGACACAGAAUUGGUUAAAUCACGGUGGAGAUUUGUUUAACAGAAGAUAUGCAAAGAAUGAGACCAAGAUAGGCCCUAAAACAGCUUCCAAACUCCGUCUGAAGUGGAAGUUCUAUGCAGGAAAAGACAUAACUGCAACACCGGCUAUCUAUGAUGAUACUCUUUAUUUCCCAAGCUGGAAUGGAAACAUCUACGCCGUUAAAGCAUUUGAUGGGUCACUAGUUUGGAUGCAAAACUUGGGAACCCUAACUGGGCUUAACGGAACCGGUUUGAUUAACAAUAUCAACUGGACAGUCGCAAGAUCAACCCCAACAAUCGCUGGGGAUGAUCUCUUAAUAAUUGGAAUAUACGGUCCAGCACUAGUAAUUGCCGUGAAACGAUCAACGGGAGAGCUAGUAUGGUCAACCUCACUUGAUCAGCAUUGGGCAGGUUUAACAACCAUGUCCGGAACUUACUACAAAGGGUAUAUUUACAUUGGAACGUCGUCACUAGAUUAUGCUAGGAGCCCGGCUGAAGAAUGUUGCACCUUCCGCGGCAGCUUCGCCAAACUAAAUGCAGAAACCGGCGCCGUUUUAUGGCAAACGUUCAUGCUGCCGGAUAAUCACGGGCAGUUGGGACAAUAUUCCGGAGCAUCUGUUUGGGGUAGUAGUCCAUCCAUUGACGUCCACCGCAAACAUGUAUAUAUUGGUACAGGGAACUUAUACUCGGUCCCGGAAAAUGUAAGCCAAUGUCAAGAAAAUCAAAAUAAUAACACAACAGUUCCCUCUCAGCCAGAUGCGUGUAUCGAGCCGGAAAAUCAUGGAAACUCGAUGCUAGCCCUUGAUUUGGACACCGGAAAAAUCCAAUGGUACCGUCACCUAGGUGGAUACGACGUAUGGUUUCUGGAGUGUUUAUAUAAUCCUUCAACAUGCCCCACCGGACCAAAUUUGGAUGCUGAUUUUGGCGAAGCUCCAAUGAUGCUAAGUCCAUAUGUGAACGGAACCAAGCGAGAUGUAGUUGUUGCUGUUCAGAAAAGUGGCGUUGCUUGGGCUCUGGAUCGGAAUAACGGCAGCCUUGUUUGGUCUACGGAAGCAGGGCCUGGCGGAAUUGCUGGAGGAGGAACUUGGGGAGCAGCCACUGACAAGAAAAGAGUGUACACCAACAUUGCCAAUUCUGAAAGGAAGAACUUCACCCUAAGGCCAUCAAACAACAUAACAACUUCUGGUGGAUGGGUGGCGAUGGAUCCUCGAAAUGGCAAGAUCCUUUGGUCAACGGCGGAUCCUGGCAAUGCAACAGCUAACGGCCCAGUUAGCGUGGCUAAUGAUGUCUUAUUCGCCGGAUCAACAAAUCCACUAGGGCCAAUCUAUGCGAUGAACGCCAAAACCGGUGAAAUUUUGUGGUCUUACAAUACAGGAGCAACCGUGUACGGUGGCAUGUCCAUAAGCAAUGGGUGCAUUUACGUUGGCAAUGGAUAUGCGGUUAACGUUGGAGCUGUAAAUCCAUUUACAGGAGGCAAAUUGAUGUUGGCUUUCUGUGUUAUAUAUUAA